GAACGGAUCGUGGCAGUUGGUGUGUACUUCCGUCACUAUCAAUUUCCUUCUCCAACUCUACAGCACGCGACGACGGUCAACCGCGGCGGAGGAGGGGCUCUUGUUCAGCGUCUGCCCUUCCUCGUAGCCGAGAGAGCUGUGCCCGUGCCUAGGCUUGCUUGCUUCCCCACACCGAGUCUUGAGGUAAAUGCUGACAUAAGCCCCCCCGAGUCCUCGCCCAGCCUUCACCAGCCUCCCACGCCUUCCAGAGCCACCUCACGCGUCGAACGCGCCAAAGACAAGACUCGACGCAUCGCCAAUUGGUCGGCCUCUUUGACCAAACAGCGCCCGAUUCUCCUGCAGCUGACGCCCAAAAUCCCCCAAUCUUUGGCAUUUGCACCAGAAGCCGCCCUUUCGGAUCGUCUUCGGGAAUACUACCUCCCACUAGCUUGCCGCGCCGUGCUGCUUUCAUCCGAAAUGUCGGACGGCAGAUCGGAUUCGGGGCUGGGCCUACGUUUUCUCGAUUUGAAUGACGAUGAGGACGACAACAGCCCAUGCAAAGGCCGCUUGCGCCGCUCUAGGAGCCAAACCAGCAAAUCGGUCCCCGUAACGCCGCAUGCCUCUUCACCGCAAAUUUCAACGCCCUCUCUUCCCUCACCGAUGAGCUAUCGGGGCUUCUCACCUCUCUCACCGACUCCUCGCCAGCAAUUUUCAACGCCCGGUGGUUAUUUCUCGACGCCGGUGGCUAAGAGCCCCCUAGCGCGCUCAUGGACCGAGGAUGAUCUCACUGCAUCAACCCAUUCAAAUGGGACUGAAAAGACGAAUGAGAACACUGAAAAUACCCGAGAUACUCUCGGUCUGAUCCAGCGGCUCAACGACUUGGCGCAAAAGCUCCUCGCGGGUGAAGAUGUCCCUGAUACCAACGUUAGCGCCAUGCACGGAAAGCUUGAUGAGAUUGAUUCAGUCUUAGCCGGAGAGCCGCCUCAAGCAACACCACAGGGCAAGCCAAAGAAUUGGCCGGCAGACGCCCGGAGUGUUGAGCAUGAAUCCUUGUGGACUUCGCCUUCGCCGUCAUGGUUUCGGUCGGGCCUUUCGGAAAUCUCACCGUCCUUCCGCAGCUCAUUCAGAAGAGAUACGCCCUCGCCUGAACCCACCGUCGAAAAGAAGCCCGCGGUUGAUACUUUCCGCAUCGCGUCCGAAGCAGCAAAACUCAACAUCGAGCUGGAAUCCCUCGUCACAAACCUCAAGGCCCGUCAAGAGGAAUCGGAGCACAUCCACCAACUUCUCGUAACCCGCGCAGAACGGGCAGCACAAAGAAUCAUCUUCCUCCAAGGUCGAGUACAUGACUUAGAAGAGGAACUCCAAGAAAACGACUCGGAACUCAGCUACCUACGCCUCGGCCUCAAGGCUAUAGAAGUGCAAUGCCCAACCGAUGUUGACGACGACCUCGCCCAAAGCAUUCAGAACUGGAAAACCGACUGGACCGCCCUCAAACGCAAACGGUCAAAGCACAAGAGCUACGACCGCUCCGCUUACAGCACACCCGCGGGGACGCCGUUGCGGCGGUGA